AUGGAGGGGGCCACGGGCCACAAUGGUGUGCCACCCAGCCCAGCACAAUUCCACGCCAACGGACGCCCUGCUCAAUAGAAGUGGACCUGGACCGGACAUGUAAUCAGGAAGAAUGAAUUAACAUGGACCAGGCAGUUUAUGGAUUGGUAUCCAAGAGAGCACGUGAGGAAGAGAGGACGCCCGCCGACAGACUGGGACAAGGAGAUGAAGAAGACCUACGGGCGAGAAGCCUGGAAGAGAGUAGCAUUAGAGAGGAAAGAAUGGAAAAGGAUGGGACAGGUUCAUUACCUAGUGUGGUCAUAUGUCGACCUAAGACUCCCUGCCGCCAUUUCUAUUCAUGACAAUCUUACUCCUGGAGUCCUCUUGCUGGUAUUGCCACAUAGAUACCUUCGAUCCAUCGCUUUUCUGGUCGAGUACCUUUUUAGGCUACUAGUCGUCCUUCAUUCUCGUCCAUGUCCAACAUGUCCAAACCAACAGCUUUUAGUCUUAAUCGAGUAA